AUGGCUGAAAAUGAAAUCGAAACGGCUGGAUUUUUAGAAAAGGAUGGAAGAGGUACGGGAAGAAUCGUACGUAGGGAUUCUGUAAAUAAACAAUAUGGACGACAACCUUCAUCUCAUUGUUCGAGAGUCGUUAAAAUAAUAAAAAAUAAAAUUUCUUCUGAUCUUUUGGCGGGUUUAACGGUGGGUUUAACCGCCAUUCCGCAGGGUAUUGCAUAUGCUGUCGUGGCAGGAUUAGAACCUCAGUAUGGACUGUAUUCUGGUUUUAUGGGUUGUUUUGUUUAUUUUUUCCUUGGGAGCGUGAAAGAUGUUACGAUUGGACCCACAGCAAUAAUGGCUCUAAUGUCUCAAAAAAGUGUCGAAGAAUACAACAGCGAUUUUGCCGUUUUGUUGUGUUUUCUAACGGGUUGCGUUACCAUGUUAUUUGGAAUUCUUCAAUUGGGAUUUUUAGUUAAUUUUAUUUCCGUUCCCGUUACCGUUGGUUUCACAACAGCGGCAGCAAUAACGAUAGCAUCUUCACAAAUAAAAGGUUUAUUGGGUAUAAAAGGAAAAUCAAACGAAUUUUUAGAAUCGUGGAUAUCAGUUUUCGAACAUAUAAAAGAAACAAGAUAUCAAGAUCUGUUAUUAGGUUUAGUUACAAUUUUCUUAUUAGUUUUAUUAAAGAUUGCAAACGAAAAAAUUUCGAAAAAAUAUAAAAAUCAAUCAUCUUUGUCCAAUAACGAUAAAGCAAUUAAAGAAACAUUUAGAAUAGUCGGAUUAGGUCGAAAUGCGAUAGUCGUGGUUUUAGGUACUCUAACGGCUUUCAUAUUCGAACAGUAUAAUAUGUGUCCAUUUACGCUCACGGGGGAAGUUGCCGGAGGGUUACCACCGUUUAAACCACCGCCAUUUUCAACAAACGUCAUAAAUAAAAAUAACGAAACUGAAUAUAUGCCUUUUGAAAAAAUGGUUGCCAAUAUGGGAACUGGUAUCAUAUCCGUACCCGUAAUAUCCGUUUUAGAAACCAUAGCCAUUGCAAAAGCUUUUGCCAAAGGUAAGACUUUGGAUGCAACGCAAGAAAUGAUGGCAUUGGGUGCUUGCAACAUAGCCGGUUCUUUUGUCAGAUCAAUGCCGACGGCAGGUUCAUUUACAAGAACGGCCGUAAAUAACGCAUCAAAUGUAAAAACUCCAUUGGGAGGAAUAUUUACCGGUCUCAUUGUUUUAUUAGCUUUGUCAUUAACGGCAACAUUUAAAUACAUACCCAAAUCAACUUUAGCCGGAUUGAUAUUGACGGCCAUGUUUUACAUGAUGGAAACUCAUGAAAUUAAAUUAAUUUGGAAAACAAAAAAAACGGACAUAAUUCCUUUGGUUGUGACAAUAUUUGGUUGUUUGUUUUUGGGUUUGGAUUUGGGAAUAAUCGUCGGUAUAUUUGUCAAUAUUUUAUUCGUUUUAUACAAUGCAGUGAGACCGAAAAUAACAAAAGAAGAAAUUAUGAUUUCGGAUCAGGAAGUAUUAGUUGUACGUCCGGAACAAGCAUUAUAUUAUCCGGGAGCCGAAUACGUACGAGAAUUAAUAAUGAAAUCAUCGAAAACUCAAACGAAAAAUUUAAUAGUUUUAGAUGGUACAUUUUAUACUAAACAAUAUAAAUAUAUAAAUUGGUUUCCCUUACUUCAUGUUGGAAUGUGGGAUAUUGGCUUAUUUGAUACUUUGGAUUAA